CAAUUUUAUUCAUUGAUUGAGAAUACUCGUUCCAUUGUUGAAGCUCGCUAUAUCGUGCUCAUUUGCAUCUCUAGCUACUGCGCAGCUUUCUUUGUUUUCAACGCCCACUAUCAAGUCUCGACCCGGCAGCCCAGCUAUAUUCAGACGCAGCGCGCAAACGUCUAAUUAUCGGCACCAUGUCUGAGGGACGUCACGAAAGAAGACCCUCCGUUGGAGCCCCGGUUUCGGAUCUUAAAGGACCAAUUGGCCCUGGAUUCAGUCGGCCUAAGCACAAACGCAACUACACUGGCUUUGGGAAGGCAGAGAUCAGGAGUGUUGAAGCCAGUAUCCCUGAAGCAUUAAGAGAGGCAUGGAGGAAACAUUCUGUAUCUGGUUUUACAAACAAAGAAGAAUUCGAGCAUGAACUCGUACGCCACGUCGAAACCACGCUGGCACGCUCGCUGUACAAUUGUGAUGAACUUGCUGCAUACUCUGGAACUGCUCUGGCUUUCCGAGACCGGUUGAUCAUUGAAUGGAACAAAACCCAACAGAGGCAAACUUUAAACGACCAGAAACGGGUCUACUAUCUGUCACUCGAAUUCCUGAUGGGCAGAACCCUCGAUAACGCGAUGCUCAAUGUAGGCAUGAAGGACGUUGCGAGAGAGGGUCUGAGCGAUCUGGGUUUCCGUAUUGAGGACGUGGUUAGCCAGGAGCACGACGCCGCCCUUGGUAAUGGUGGUCUGGGACGUCUGGCAGCAUGCCUUCUCGACAGCCUCGCAACUCUCAACUACCCUGCCUGGGGUUAUGGACUGCGUUAUAGAUACGGAAUCUUCAAGCAGGAGAUUGUAGACGGAUACCAAGUUGAAAUUCCUGAUUACUGGCUUGAUUUCAAUCCAUGGGAGUUUCCUCGACAUGAGAUUACCGUCGACAUCCAAUUCUACGGCUGGGUGAGGACCUAUGAGGAUGAGAACGGGAAGACUGUGCACUCAUGGCAGGACGGUGAAACGGUGCAAGCUGUGGCGUAUGAUGUCCCAAUUCCAGGAUACGGCACGCGUACCACAAAUAAUCUACGUCUUUGGUCAAGCAAAGCAGCUAGCGGCGAAUUCGACUUUCAGAAGUUCAAUGCCGGUGACUAUGAAAGUGCAGUAGCAGAUCAGCAACGCGCUGAAACAAUUUCCGCCGUCCUUUACCCGAAUGAUAAUCUGGACAGGGGCAAAGAGCUGCGGCUAAAGCAACAGUACUUUUGGUGCGCAGCCUCCCUUCACGACAUUGUAAGAAGGUUUAAGAAGACAGGUCGUCCAUGGAGCGAGUUCUCGGAUCAGGUUGCCAUUCAGCUCAAUGAUACUCAUCCAACAUUGGCUAUUGUCGAACUGCAUCGCAUCCUCAUUGAUAUUGAAGGCCUUGAUUGGGAUGUAUCCUGGGAGAUCGUGACCAACACAUUCGGCUACACUAACCAUACCGUCUUACCAGAAGCUCUCGAGAAGUGGUCGGUGCCCCUACUGCAAAACCUCCUUCCACGUCACAUGCAACUCAUCUUCGAGAUCAACCUGUACUUCUUGCAAUUCGUGGAGAAGAAAUUUCCCGAUGACCGCGAGAUUCUCUCGAGAGUGUCUAUAAUUGAGGAGUCUCAUCCGAAGAUGGUCAGAAUGGCCCAUGUUGCGGUCAUUGGCUCCCACAAAGUCAACGGCGUCGCCGAGUUGCACUCGGACCUUAUCCAGUCCACUAUAUUCAGAGAUUUUGUCGCGAUCUACGGCCCAGACAAGUUUACGAAUGUCACCAACGGGGUAACCCCACGCCGCUGGCUCCAUCAGGCAAACCCUAGGCUGUCCGACCUAAUUGCCUCCAAGCUUGGAGGCUACGAUUUCUUGACCGACCUAACUCUCCUAGACCAGCUAGAAGAUUACGCAGACGAUAAGGAUUUCCAGAGAGAAUGGGUAGAGAUCAAGACCUCGAACAAGCUCCGGCUUGCUAAGCACAUCAAGGAAACGACCGGAUAUAGUGUGAACCCAAACUCUCUGUUCGACGUCCAGGUGAAACGCAUCCACGAGUACAAACGCCAACAACUCAACAUCUUUGGUGUCAUCAACCGCUACCUGAAGAUAAAGUCCAUGUCUGGUGAGGAGAAGAAGAAGGUCCAGCCUCGCGUCUCCAUCUUCGGCGGCAAAGCGGCCCCAGGUUACUGGAUGGCUAAAACAAUAAUCCACCUCAUAAACGAGGUUUCAGUAGUUGUUAACAAUGAUCCAGAUGUUGGAGAUCUUCUGAAAGUUAUCUUCAUCGAAGACUACAAUGUCAGCAAGGCGGAGAUCAUAUGCCCGGCCUCCGACAUCAGCGAGCACAUCUCUACGGCUGGCACCGAGGCAAGCGGCACAAGUAACAUGAAAUUCGUCCUCAAUGGAGGUCUCAUCAUUGGCACCUGCGAUGGAGCUAACAUCGAAAUUACCCGCGAAAUCGGCGAACAAAACAUCUUUCUCUUUGGAAAUCUCGCCGAAGACGUUGAAGAAAUCCGGCACAAACAUAUGUACAGCGGCUUCACUCUCGAUCCGCAACUCGCCCGUGUUUUUGAUGCUAUUCGCUCCGGCACAUUCGGCGAAGCGUCGCACUACUCUGCUCUUCUCGCUUCCAUUGCCGAGCAUGGCGACUACUAUCUUGUCUCGGACGACUUCAAUUCGUACAUCAAGACGCAGGAGAUGGUAGACGAGGCGUUCAAGGAUCGCGAGGAGUGGGUAAGCAAGAGCAUAACCAGCGUAGCGAGGAUGGGGUUCUUCUCCACGGAUCGAGUUAUCAAUGAGUAUGCGGAGAGUAUCUGGAAUAUUGAGCCGUUGCCUGUUAGGGAUUAACUUCUCCCCGGGCUGGGAUUGCUGAUAAUCGGGUGGGCCUUGUAUGAUUUUCUGAAUUUCGUUCUGACCCAUAUGAUCUGCGGGCCGGCUUAAUGUGAGUACUAUUGUCUGGCUCUUCGCGGGUCUUCAGAGCUGUUACAUCUUUAUCCAUUGAGCAGUCACCAGAGUUAUAGCUUUGGUAGAACUAGCUUACAAGAGGCAGUUGAGCCCUUGUUCCAGGAAGUUGUGCUUCAGAUACAG